CCGACAUUCGCGACCAAUGGCCAUGCCUAGGAUUGCGAUAAAAAGGUGGUGGGAAAAAGCAACACACGCCAUGGAUGUACGCAAGCAGCGCCUUGCCUCGCUCAGGGCAAGUUGGACUUGGCUUCGGCAGCACCAGAGCGAUCAAGCAAAGGGGACUCGAUCUUAGCCCCGUCUUCUUACAUAUGCUAGACCGAUACCUGAACAUGCGGCUGCUAGGUGAUUCACAACAAUCUGAAGCGGGAAGGCCUUUUCACCUGCAUAGCCAUAUCCAAUCCUCUUCCCACUCCUACGGUUGUAUCCUUCUUUCCUUUUCAGAAUCACAUUGCAUGUGCGGAAUUAAGUGACAACAUGGCAUUGACAGGGUUAUUCGCGAAGGCAAUCGGCCUUGGGGCAGUCCUUCUCAUCACUCGAUACGUUCUGGCUUACUUGCAAUCCCCGCUCAAAUCUAUUCCUGGUCCCUUUUUAGCCAAAUUCUCAGAUAUCUGGCGUUUCCUAAAUCACUAUGGGCAAACUCAUAUUGAGACCCAGAGGAAACUUCACGAACAGCACGGCGAUAUCGUUCGUCUCGGUCCCAACACCGUCAGUGUUGCCGAUGCCAGUCUGAUCAAAACUAUUUACAAUACUCGUGGGACGUAUUUGAAGAGCGAUUACUACUCAAUCAACGACGCCCUUCAAGAUGGGCAUCUCAUUCAAAACAUUUUCAGCACGCGCAGCAAUGAGUUUCACUCCAAGAAUGUUAAGCCAGUUCAAAAGCUGUACAGUCUCCAAAACGCUCUUCAGAUCGAGAGUAUUAUGGACGACAACCUCCGUACCCUAUGCAGUCAACUCGACGCCCGCUUUGUGGAAGGCGCCAACAACGACCAGACAUGCGAUAUUGCUGAUUGGAUCUCAUUCUUCGCAUGGGACUUCUUGGGUGAUAUGACCUGGAGCAAGCGUAUUGGCUUCAUGGAACAGGGUACAGAUGUUGGCGAUAUGCUUGGAACCGCUGAACGUGUGAUGCGCUACUUCUCCGUGGUCGGCCAAAUACCUGCCCUCGACAAAUGGCUCGGGAAGAACCCCAAGUGGCCACGCUCACUCUAUAAGUUCGAUGACUUUUCCGUGGCUGCCGGCUUCUCCGUUGAGCGGUUUAUGGAACGUAUGCAGAACCCUGAACUUGGAAAUGGGAAAAAAGACUUUCUCAAUGGCUUUCUUGAAGCAAAGAAGGAGUUUCCGGAUCUAGUCACCGACAACGAGGUUAUCGGAUACAUGAUUAUCAACAUUCUUGGCGGUGCCGAUACCCUUGCUAUUGUGAUAAAAGGUAUCUUCUAUCACAUCCUCAAGUCAUCAGCAUCCAAAGAACGCCUCGUCAACGAACUCCUCUCUGCACGUCUCUCCUUCCCUACAUCCUAUACUACGAUCGAACAGCUGCCCUACCUAGAUGCAUGCAUCAAAGAAGGUCUCCGUAUGCAUCCCGUCGUAGGUCACAUUCUCGAGCGCGUCGUGCCUGCAACUGGUCUUACAUUGUCCAACGGAACAACAUUGCCGCCGGGAACGAUUGUCGGGGUGAAUCCAUGGGUCCUUCAUUACAAGGAGAGCAUCUUCGGUGCGAAGCCCCAUGAGUUCCGUCCGGAGCGAUGGCUGCAAAGCGAGCACGAAGAAUCCGGCGCGUACGAAGCCAGGAUCAAGAAGAUGAAAGACGCAGAUAUGUCGUUCGGAGGAGGGAACAGGAUCUGCCUUGGCAAACCUUUGGCACUAGUAGAGGUCUACAAGGUCGUUGCGACGGUAUUUGGAAGAUACAAGAUUGAGCUUGAGGAUCCGAACAAGGAGUGGAACUUGCACAAACAAUGGUUCGUAUGGCCGCAUGAUAUCAAGGUCAAGCUGGGCCCACUUGAAAGUGUCAGCGCUCCCUGAGUCUAUCCAUGCGGCAUGGCACCUGGGUGGGAGUAAAUCAAGCGCAGAGUGUGCGAAAAGCUUGCGAUGAACCCACACACAGUUUCGAUGUAUCAGAGAAGCCUGUCUGGUAAC